CGGCGGCGGCGCCUGGGCGAGUGGAGCGCUCGGGGGCCCCGGGCGGCGGCGGCGGCGGCGGUGUAGAGGAGGAAGGCGGCGGCGGCCCCGGCCCCGGCGGCUCCCCCGCGGCUGGCGCGCGGCCCGGCCCGUCCCGCGAGCUCGCGGCGGCCCCGGCCCCGGGCCCCUCCGCCGCCGCCGCCGCCGCCAUGGCCCGGCCAUUGGUGCCCAGUUCGCAGAAGGCGCUGCUGCUGGAGCUCAAGGGGCUGCAGGAGGAGCCGGUCGAGGGCUUCCGCGUGACGUUGGUGGACGAGGGCGACCUGUACAACUGGGAGGUGGCCAUCUUCGGGCCGCCCAACACCUACUACGAAGGCGGCUACUUCAAGGCUCGGCUCAAGUUCCCCCUGGAUUACCCGUACUCCCCGCCGGCCUUCCGCUUCCUGACCAAGAUGUGGCACCCGAACAUCUAUGAGACAGGGGACGUGUGCAUCUCCAUCCUGCACCCCCCGGUCGACGACCCCCAGAGUGGGGAGCUGCCCUCCGAGCGCUGGAACCCCACACAGAACGUGAGGACCAUCCUGCUGAGCGUGAUCUCUCUGCUCAACGAGCCCAACACCUUCUCGCCAGCCAACGUGGACGCGUCCGUGAUGUACAGGAAGUGGAAGGAGAGCAAGGGGAGGGACCGGGAGUACACAGACAUCAUCCGGAAGCAGGUGCUGGGGACCAAGGUGGACGCGGAGCGGGACGGCGUGAAGGUGCCCACCACGCUGGCCGAGUACUGCGUGCGGAGCAGGGCGCCGCCGCCCGACGAGGGCGCCGACCUGUUCUACGACGACUACUACGCGGACGCGGACGCGGAGGCCGAGGGCGACAGCUGCUUCGAGGACGGGGACGGGGACGAGGACUCGGGCGCCGAGGAGUCCUGACCCGCCCGCCCCGACUCGGGCGCCGAGGAGUCCUGACCCGCCCGCCCCGCCCGCCCCGGGGAAUAAACUGCAGCGCCCGAGCCGCGGCGUCGGCGUCGGCGCCACCUGCUUGUUUGGGUUCAGCUCUGUUCUUUCUCCGCGUUUGUCCUGCUCCGGAGGAGGGGCCCCGGGGGAGCGCACACGGGCUGCGCCGGCCCGCGAGGACCACGCCGUGCGGCGGGGGCUGCGGCGGGAGCCUGGGGCCAGAGCCGGCUCUCCCGGGCAGGGGCCUGGCCGCCUCUGCCUCCAUCUGUUUGGAAGCCAAUAAAACUGCUUUGUGAGA